UGAGGAAGAAAAGGCCAGAAGUUUCCGAUGGUCACAUUCAGGCAACGCCAACAGGAUGAGAGGCUAGACGGAUCAGAGAGACUUAAAAAGAAAAAGACAAAAUCAUCAAGAAAGGAGAGAAAUUUCAGGGAUUUAAUUGAAAUUUCUGUCCAGGCUUACAGUUAAGUGGUCUCAAAAUUACAAUCACCAUGAUCACAUUGGACGUCAAGACCCUGACGGUGCCAGUAGGCAUAGUCCGGAUACUGGAGCUGCUCUUCACAUGCGUCACCUUCAGCCUGGUGGCCUCAGUCGGUCACAGCACUGCCUCUUUCUGGACGUGGUGCAUGUUUGUGUGGUGCUUCUGUUUCUGCGUCACCUUCCUCAUCCUCGUCCUGGAGUUAACAGGCAUCAGCUCCAAGCUGCCCAUUUCCUGGGGAGACUUCACCACGGCUUAUGCCAUGUUGGCUACACUUCUGGUGCUGGCUGCGUCCAUCAUCUUCCCCGUCAUCUACGCCUGCUCUAAGUGUGACAAAUUCAUUGGUGCCACUGUAACCUCGUGUAUCGCCUUCAUCCUGUAUGCAGUCGAGGUUGGGCUGACCCGAGCUAAACCUGGAGAAAUCAGCGGUUUUCUGUCCACCGUCCCAGGUCUCCUUAAAGUCCUGGAGGCGUUUGUGGCGUGCAUCAUCUUCUCCUGCCUGGGGAGUUCUGCAUAUUGGCAUUUCCCAGGGCUCCAGUGGUGUGUGGCCAUCUACUCCAUCUGCUUCAUCUUCGCCAUCAUUGUCAUCAUUUUUACAAUCUGCCGCCUCCUCUCUCUGUUCCCCGCUCCCUUUGAUAAAGUCCUGUCUGUCUGUAAUGUGAUGGCGGUGCUGAUGUACAUGACGGCUGUGGUCAUUUGGCCGUUUUACGCCUUGAGGAACAUUUCCCGACCUGAGAUAUGCUCGCAUCUUCCCCACUGUCCAUGGGAUGAUUUGGUUGUUAUCUCAGUCAUGACAUGUGUCAAUCUUAUUGUUUACAUUGUAGAUACCGUUUAUUCCUUUAGGCUGGUCUUUGUCAGCAGAACAUAAAGAGGUAAAACUGAGAUAAUAGUAUAUCCUGUAAAGCAUCCCUUUUAUCAAGUUUUAAAUGAACCACGAUUUUUUUCUUUGAACUUGACCUUUAUUUGUCUGUUAAUUUAAUAAAACAGCUUUUAAUGUUGAGCUUCUGAUGAAUAUAAUCCAUAUUUAUUCUCUUUGUCCUUGCAUUAUCACUGUCAGCUCUCAUAUUCACUGUUUUGUAACAUAUUUUUGUCAUUAAUGUAAAUAAAAUUUGAAGAAAUGUUGGAUUAUCCUGUAAAACUGGGAGUCAUAUACAACAAACAAUAAAAAAGA